UUCAACUCUGCCACAGGAGUCAGACUGAGAAGAAGAGGAAGAAGAAGAAGAAGAAGAAGGGGAGGAAGAAAAAAGCGUCCAGCCCCUCUGAAGAUUUCCUGUUUCAUGAGACGUGCACAUACUGUGAGACGUAUAGAGCAACUCCUGCCUGCGUGUGUUUACUUCCACCCGGAGCCGUGUGCGCGUCUCUUUUAUUAUCCGGUCGUGGAGCAGCUCUUAAGUUUGGAAAUCAAACCAAGUCUUCGGUGAAUUAAUGAGAAAGAGGGAGGUGUGUUGUCCGUUUCUCCAUGGAGCUACUUCGCUUUUCCGCUUUCUGGUGUGGAACGAUACUGUUCGGUAGUUUCCUGCUGGAGGAGAAGGAGGCCAUGAUAAUCAAGUUGAAGAGGCUCUGCAAGUUCUGUGAUGAGCAGGCAACCAACUGCACAGGCAAAGGGAGGUGUAAGGUGGAGUGCGACCGCACGGCCAUCUGCCUCCAGGAUGACGACGUGUGCGUCAGUGUAUGGCGGAAGAGAGACGACAACGUCACCUUUGACACGGUCUGUCACAACCCAGCUCAGAGGCUGUACGGCCUCGUCCUGGACGAUUACAACAACAGCAAGUGUGAGAUGAAGGAAAGAAAGGGAAUGGGUGCCGAGUUCUUCAUCUGCUCCUGCUCGGAGGAUGAGUGCAAUGAGCACAUCAUUUUUAACUCAUACGUGGCUUCUCAGGUGGUAGCGGUCAUCUUGGUGAGCCUGGUGCCUCUGAUGGUCAUGGCUGUUGUCGUCAUCACUUCCUUCUACUGCUACCGGGUCUACCGCCAGCGGCAAGCCAGUUCCAGACGCAAGAAGGGCCCCCCUCUGGACUUCAGUGACGCUCACGCCAUCAUGAUAGACGACGGUUCAGACAGCAGCUCCACGCUCGCCAAUAAUCUCAACCACAACACGGAGCUGCUGCCCAUCGAGCUGGACGUUCAGGUUGGAAAAGGACGUUUUGCAGAGGUUUACAAAGCGAAACUGAAGCAGGGCUCGUCGGGCGGCGAGGAGCAGGGGUUCGAGACGGUGGCGAUUAAGAUAUUCCGGUAUGAGGAGUAUGCCUCCUGGAAAAACGAGAAGGACAUCUUCUCGGACGCAGACUUGAGACACGAGAAUGUGCUUCACUUCCUGACAGCAGAGGAGCGGAAGGUGCAGAGACAGUACUGGCUCAUCACGGCCUAUCACCCUAGGGGGAAUCUGCAGGAGUACCUGUCUCAUCAUAUUAUAAGCUGGUGCGACCUGUGGCUGCUCGGAAGUUCGCUCUCUAGCGGAGUGGCUCACCUCCACAGUGACCAUACGUCCUGCGGUCGCUACAAGGUGGCUAUCGCGCACAGGGACAUUAAGAGCUCCAACAUACUGGUGAAAAGCGAUCUGACCUGCUGCCUGUGCGACUUUGGCCUCGCACAGCGCCUGGACAACAAUCUAUCAGUGGAUGAGCUGGCCAACAGUGGGCAGGUGGGUACGGCCAGGUACAUGGCCCCAGAGGUGUUGGAGUCGAGAAUCAACCUAGAAAACAUUGAGUCUUUUAAACAGGCUGACGUCUACUCCAUGGCUCUCGUACUGUGGGAGAUCAUUUCCAGGUGUAGUGCAAUCGGAGAGGUGAAAGAGUACGAGCCGCCCUUCGGCAACCUGAGGGAGCACCCGUGUGUGGAGAGCAUGAAGGACAGCGUUCUCCGUGACAGAGGACGACCUGAGAUCCCCAACAGCUGGAUCAACCACCCGGCUUUUAUUCAUGACUCUCUUAUCUCUGCUGUUAAAACAACUCCUCCUUGCAACGAAAAACGUCUGCUCAGACUCAACUCUAAAUCUGUUCCCACAGCAUGA